GAGGCGGAGCCCCGGCCGCCCGCUCCCUUGUGAGGAGAAGCCGUCGGCGGCCUGGCCUGUGAAGGAAAUAAAUAGAGAAACAGAUAUAUUUAUUGGUACUAUUUUGUUUGGUGGCAAAAAGGGAAAAUGGCGAACGACUCCCCUGCAAAAAGUCUGGUGGACAUCGACCUCUCCUCCCUGCGGGAUCCUGCUGGGAUUUUUGAGCUGGUGGAAGUGGUUGGAAAUGGCACCUAUGGACAAGUCUAUAAGGGUCGACAUGUUAAAACAGGUCAGCUGGCGGCCAUCAAAGUUAUGGAUGUCACUGAGGAUGAAGAGGAAGAAAUCAAACUGGAGAUAAAUAUGUUGAAGAAAUAUUCUCAUCAUAGAAAUAUUGCAACCUAUUACGGUGCUUUCAUUAAAAAGAGCCCUCCAGGACAUGAUGACCAACUCUGGCUUGUUAUGGAGUUCUGUGGGGCUGGGUCCAUUACAGACCUUGUGAAGAACACCAAAGGGAACACACUCAAGGAAGACUGGAUAGCUUACAUCUCCAGAGAAAUCCUAAGGGGCCUGGCACAUCUUCACAUCCAUCACGUGAUUCACCGGGACAUCAAGGGCCAGAAUGUAUUGCUGACUGAGAAUGCAGAGGUGAAACUUGUUGAUUUCGGUGUGAGUGCUCAGCUCGACCGGACGGUUGGGAGGAGAAAUACCUUCAUAGGCACCCCUUACUGGAUGGCUCCUGAGGUCAUCGCCUGUGAUGAGAACCCAGAUGCCACCUACGAUUACAGAAGUGACCUUUGGUCUUGUGGCAUUACAGCCAUUGAGAUGGCAGAAGGUGCUCCCCCUCUCUGUGACAUGCAUCCAAUGAGAGCACUGUUUCUCAUUCCCAGAAACCCUCCUCCCAGGCUGAAGUCAAAAAAAUGGUCAAAGAAAUUUUUUAGUUUUAUAGAAGGGUGCCUGGUGAAGAAUUACAUGCAGCGACCCUCCACAGAGCAGCUUUUGAAACAUCCUUUUAUAAGGGAUCAGCCAAACGAAAGGCAAGUUAGAAUCCAGCUUAAGGACCAUAUAGACCGGACCAGAAAGAAGAGAGGAGAGAAAGAUGAAACCGAGUAUGAGUACAGUGGGAGUGAGGAAGAAGAGGAGGAAGUGCCUGAACAGGAAGGAGAGCCAAGCUCCAUCGUCAACGUGCCUGGUGAGUCAACGCUUCGGCGGGAUUUCUUGAGACUGCAGCAGGAGAACAAGGAACGUUCUGAGGCUCUUCGGAGACAGCAGUUACUGCAGGAGCAACAGCUCCGGGAGCAAGAAGAAUAUAAAAGGCAGCUGCUGGCAGAGAGGCAGAAACGGAUUGAGCAACAGAAAGAACAGAGGCGUCGGCUAGAAGAGCAACAAAGGAGAGAGCGGGAAGCUAGAAGGCAGCAAGAACGUGAGCAGCGAAGGAGGGAACAAGAAGAGAAGAGGCGUCUGGAGGAACUGGAGAGAAGACGGAAAGAAGAAGAAGAGAGGAGGCGGGCAGAAGAAGAAAAGAGGAGAGUUGAAAGAGAACAGGAGUAUAUCAGGCGACAGCUAGAAGAGGAGCAGCGGCACUUGGAAAUCCUUCAGCAGCAGCUGCUCCAGGAGCAGGCCAUGUUACUGGAGUGCCGAUGGCGGGAGAUGGAGGAGCACCGGCAGGCAGAGAGGCUCCAGAGGCAGUUGCAACAAGAACAAGCAUAUCUCCUGUCUCUACAGCAUGACCACAGGAGGCCGCACCCGCAGCAGCAGCAGCCACCACAGCAGGAAAGGAGCAAGCCAAGCUAUCAUGUUCCGGAGCCUAAGUCCCACUAUGAGCCCGCUGACAGAGCUCGAGAGGUGGAAGAUAGAUUUAGGAAAACUAACCACAGCUCCCCUGAAGCCCAGUCUAAGCAGACAGGCAGAGUAUUGGAGCCACCAGUGCCUUCCAGAUCAGAGUCUUUUUCCAAUGGCAACUCCGAGUCUGUGCAUCCUGCCCUGCAGAGACCAGCUGAGCCACAGGUACAGUGGUCCCACCUGGCAUCUCUCAAGAACAAUGUUUCCCCUGUCUCGCGAUCCCAUUCCUUCAGUGACCCUUCUCCUCCCAAAUUUGCACACCACCAUCUUCGCUCUCAGGACCCAUGUCCACCUUCCCGCAGUGAGGUGCUAAGUCAGAGUUCUGACUCUAAGUCGGAGGUACCUGACCCCACCCAAAAGGCUUGGUCUAGAUCAGACAGUGACGAGGUGCCUCCAAGGGUUCCGGUGAGGACAACGUCUCGUUCCCCUGUUCUGUCCCGUCGGGAUUCCCCACUGCAAGGCAGUGGACAGCAAAAUAGCCAAGCCGGUCAAAGGAACUCCACCAGCAGUAUUGAGCCCAGGCUGCUGUGGGAGAGAGUGGAGAAACUGGUGCCCAGGCCUGGCAGUGGCAGCUCCUCGGGGUCCAGCAACUCAGGAUCCCAGCCUGGGUCCCAUCCGGGGUCUCAGAGCGGCUCUGGGGAGCGCUUCAGAGUGAGAUCAUCGUCCAAAUCUGAAGGCUCUCCAUCUCAGCGCCUAGAAAAUGCAGUGAAAAAACCUGAAGAAAAGAAAGAAGUUUUCAGACCUCUCAAGCCUGCUGGCGAAGUGGAUUUGACUGCACUGGCCAAAGAGCUUCGAGCAGUGGAAGAUGUGCGACCACCACACAAAGUGACAGACUACUCCUCAUCCAGUGAGGAGUCAGGGACGACAGAUGAGGAAGACGAUGAUGUAGAACAAGAAGGGGCGGAGGAAGCCACCUCUGGACCAGAGGACACCAGAGCAGCGUCGUCUCUGAAUUUGAGCAAUGGUGAAACAGAGUCGGUGAAAACCAUGAUUGUCCAUGAUGAUGUAGAAAGUGAGCCAGCCAUGACCCCAUCCAAGGAAGGCACUCUCAUCGUCCGCCAGAGUACAGUUGACCAAAAGCGCGCCAGCCAUCAUGAGAGCAAUGGCUUUGCCGGUCGCAUUCACCUCUUGCCAGAUCUCUUACAGCAAAGCCAUUCCUCCUCCACUUCCUCCACCUCCUCCUCCCCAUCCUCCAGCCAGCCGACACCCACCAUGUCCCCACAGACACCCCAGGACAAGCUCACUACUAAUGAGACUCAGUCCGCUAGUAGCACACUCCAGAAACACAAAUCUUCCUCCUCCUUUACACCUUUUAUAGACCCCAGAUUACUACAGAUUUCUCCAUCUAGUGGGACAACAGUGACUUCUGUGGUGGGAUUUUCCUGUGAUGGGAUGAGACCAGAAGCCAUAAGGCAAGAUCCUACCCGGAAGGGCUCAGUGGUCAAUGUGAAUCCCACCAACACUAGGCCACAGAGUGACACCCCGGAGAUUCGUAAAUAUAAGAAGAGAUUUAACUCUGAGAUUCUGUGCGCUGCCUUAUGGGGAGUGAAUUUGUUAGUGGGUACAGAGAGUGGCCUGAUGCUGCUGGACAGAAGUGGCCAAGGAAAGGUAUAUCCUCUGAUUAACCGAAGACGAUUUCAGCAGAUGGAUGUCCUUGAAGGCUUGAAUGUCUUGGUGACAAUAUCUGGCAAAAAGGAUAAGUUACGUGUCUACUAUUUGUCCUGGUUAAGAAACAAAAUACUUCACAAUGAUCCAGAAGUUGAAAAGAAACAGGGUUGGACAACUGUGGGAGAUUUGGAAGGAUGUGUACACUAUAAAGUUGUAAAAUAUGAAAGAAUCAAAUUUCUGGUAAUUGCUUUGAAGAGUUCUGUGGAGGUCUAUGCGUGGGCACCCAAGCCAUAUCACAAAUUUAUGGCCUUUAAGUCAUUUGGAGAAUUGGUACAUAAGCCAUUGCUGGUGGAUCUCACUGUGGAGGAAGGCCAGAGGUUGAAAGUGAUCUAUGGAUCCUGUGCUGGAUUCCAUGCCGUAGAUGUGGAUUCAGGAUCCGUCUAUGACAUUUAUCUACCAACACACGUAAGAAAGAACCCACACUCUAUGAUCCAGUGUAGCAUCAAACCCCAUGCGAUCAUCAUCCUCCCCAACACGGAUGGCAUGGAGCUUCUGGUGUGCUAUGAAGAUGAAGGGGUUUAUGUGAAUACCUAUGGAAGAAUCACCAAGGAUGUGGUCUUGCAGUGGGGAGAGAUGCCAACAUCUGUAGCAUAUAUUCGAUCCAAUCAGACGAUGGGCUGGGGAGAAAAGGCCAUAGAGAUCCGAUCUGUGGAAACUGGUCACUUGGAUGGUGUGUUUAUGCACAAAAGGGCUCAAAGACUAAAAUUCCUAUGUGAACGCAACGACAAGGUCUUCUUUGCCUCUGUUCGGUCUGGGGGCAGCAGUCAGGUUUAUUUCAUGACGUUAGGCAGGACUUCUCUUCUGAGCUGGUAGAUGCAGUGCGAUGAGGCUUGCUGGCCCCCAGAGUCUUCAAGAUCCUGAGAACUUGGAAUUCCUUGCAACUGGAGCUCAGAGCUGCACCGGUUUGGUCCAGGACAGCUGUGUUUGCAGACACCACGUGUGGGGUUUUUGUUUUGUUUUGUUUUGUUUUCGUUUUUGUUUCCUUUCUGCACCUCUUACCAGUUUAUCCCCCUUCUCUUCUUUUCCCUACUCAAAAAUAAAUCAAGGCUGCAAUGCAGCUGGUGCUGUUCACAUUCUA